GAGAGAAAGGAGAGCGAGAGAGAGAGAGAGAGAGAGAGAGAGAGAGAAGGAGAAAGAGAGAGAGACCUCAUUUCCACUUUGAAGAAAAAAAAAACGAAUCUGCGCUGCACUGCUGCUUUCGUCCAUUCACAAAAUCAUACGGCAGGAAUACGGACGACAAGAAAGCAGAAGGCAGAGAGAAAAAUCUAUUCACCUCCCCUGAAUAGACCUCUGGAGCAGCUGGACCAGGCAUGGGGGCGUCCCGAGAGCAGAAGAGGAGCAGGGAAUACCCUACUGACCCAAACACCCUGCAGGGGGACCCCAAAUGCCCCCAACACCCAGCCAGGACCAUCACAGAUGUCCAGGGAAGGACCUCUGACCACUAACAAAGCUUUCUUUCAGCUGCUGGAUUGGUCACAGGCACAGCGGCGGCAGCAGAUCGUCCCGGGACAGAGCGCGUCCAGUCGUGGUGUGAUGUUGUGGGCAGUGCGGAGCGUCCCAGGACUGGGCCGGGGGGGCACUGUGCUCAGGUGGCUGCGGGGCAGAGUGUGUCGCAGGAGCGCGCUGAUCUUCGUCCUGCUGUGGCUGGUCUCCUGGCUGUCACUGAGCGGACUGCUCUUCGUCCACAGGAGCAUGUUCUCUGACCUCUGCACGGACGACAAGAGCAGGAGGAUCCUCCAGAGAGUGUGUGAGGAAUACCAGCAGGGUGUCUUAACGGGUGACCUAUGUGAGGACCUUUGCGUGGGCGGCCAUGUGGAAUACAAGCGCUGCCUCUACUACGAGAACGGCAAGAAGGUCAUGGCGGCCAGCUGGCGAGGUUUGCCGGUGGUUCUCAAGUCAAAGCUGGAGAACUUCUCCUCCUAUGAAGCUCUGGCUCUGUUGGAGUACCAGGACGGGGCAGGAGGCCCUGGGGGUGAGGAGGAGCUUUCGCCAUUGGAUGUGGUCUUCUACGCCACUUUGGAGAUUAAGAACUCGCUGGGCUUGGAGGCGGAGACUAACCUGAGCCUGCCUCGGUUCUGGAGCCAACGGCUGAAGGAGAGGGAGCAGCCGUACACUCGGGCUGAGCUGGCCUCGCUCUGGGCUCUGCUGCAGCAGGAGGAAUACACCUUCCUCCGUGUGAUGCAGGACCUGACUGACCACGUGGCUAAGGUGCUGGGCUCCUGUGGCCAUUUCUAUGCAGUAGAAUACCUGGCAGCUGGACAUGCUUGGGACCAGAAUAUUUUCUCGAUAGACGAUCUUUCUCUGAGCCCGCAGGAUGGGCCAGGAAGGACGCUGAUGGAGGUGGACAUGGUGCCCCGAGUGGCCCUCAGCUUCUUGGAUAUGGUGGGGCACUUUGAGAAUGACUUUUCUCAUCAUUUACACCUUUGCGACAUCAAGCCUGAAAACUUCGCCAUCAGGAAGGACUUGACGGUGGCGGCUAUAGAUGUGGACAUGGCCUUUUUUGAGCCUAAAAUGCAGGACAUUCUCGAGCAGAACUGCACCAAUGACAAUGACUGCAAUUUCUUCGACUGCAUCUCCAAAUGUGACACAAAGAGAAACAAGUGUGGGUCAAAGCGCAAAAACAGCAACCUUCAGGUGAUCUGUGAGAAGAUCUUCCGCUCCUGGUUCUCUCCCACGCUGCUGGGGGAUAAAGCAGAGCGCCCCCUGCAGGUGGAGCUCCAGCAGGCCGUGCAGGAUUGUGUGGAGACAGAGGGAGGGGAGGAGGUAGAGCGUGCCCGGGCCAUAAGGCUAAAGCUUCAGGGCCUCCUCACGCAGCUCAUCCAGGAGGAGCUGGAUAAUCACCAGAGCCAAAAGCAAGCCCGUGAAACACACCGCGUCCACACAGCACUGAACUUUUGAACUAACUUUGGUCGUGUUACCUUUGACUUAUUGACUGAGAUAGGAUACCAGUCAAUAUCAGUGUUCUUAUUUUUCAAUUGUACUGUUUAGCAGAAACUUUGUUGGAUACCAUUUUACCAGUGGGGUCUGAUGCUGUGAGGAAAUCCGGGCAUUGCACAUGUUUAAUUUGUUCUUGUUUUUUUUUCAUUUUGGGAAAAUUCAUUUGACCAACUCUAUGGGCUUAUUUCACAUAGCUGGUAUUGUGGCCAACAACCAAGAAGAGAGUUGAUUGUUGUAUACCAAGCUGUACAUCUUAGCGAAGGAGAGAAUGUUAUUACUGUCUUUCCACUGGUUUCCAAACAACCAUAGAAGGAGAACAAUUAAAAGAAUCCAAAGGUAAGAAGAGUUAGCUGAUGUUAGCUUUUUUAGCUAAAUCCAUAAAUGACAUUUUAGAUCAAUAUAAAUGCAUCUACUGUCUAUCUACUGUCUGAGAGAUGCGAAAGAAGGAAUCAACAUAUCACGUUCUGUUUAAGCAGCUUAUCACGUCUAGCUACAGCUGAUGUUGGUUUGUCUAGCUAGUUAAUUUAGUUUACUCACCUGAAAAGGUGGCCUAACUUUCCAUCGUUUUUUCACAAUCUAGUUUAAAUGGGGCUGAGGUUACUUGAAAACUGAUGAAAAGAGAAGUGACGAUCACAUUCUCUCCUUUGGUGAGAUGGACAGCCUAGUAAACAGCAAUAAGACAUCGGUCACCUGCUCAACUCUCUUCUUGUUAGUCAGCCAGCUCUACUCUCAGUGCUCCUUACCAUCUCUCUCGGGAACAUUUCUCUAACCACUGCCUCAAUUCCAUUCAGGAAAUUUCUCAAACGCCAAGAGAUCUGAUGUUUCUAAAGGUCUUGAGUCAGUACUUCAUUUGAUGGAGGUUUUCUGUUGCUGGUUUAUCUUUAGACUGCACUAGUACUAACAGACACAUCGGGCGGCAUUGGAAUUCUUUUAAAAUAGAAUUGAAGGUUUAUUCAAGGAAAUACUGGAUUGUCCGACAUGUAUUGUACAUAAUGUGUUUGUAUAGAAGGAGCUCUAUCUGUAAGUGUAACAGAACAUAUCAAUAAACUGAGCUUUCAUCA